GCCCAUUGGCUGUCGGUGCCGGAAGCGGCUCUCUCGUGCCGGGGGCGUGGCGGACGCCGGAAGCCGGAAGUGCGGCUGGCGCAGGAGCCCAGCAUGGAAGAAUUUAAAGAUGCACCCGAUGAGCUGCUGAAUCACCUGAAGCUGUCAGACCAGAAUUGCCCAGGGACUGACCCCAGAGAUGCCCAGCACCCCCAGAGCUUUGGCUGUGCCCCUUCCCCAGGCCAGCAGCACACAGAGGAGUGUUUCCAUGACUGUCAGGACUCCUUUGAGGCCAAAGGAGCUGUGCUGGAUGAUGAAGGGAAUGUUCAGCAUGACGAGAGCAGCUCGAAGAAGCAGACAGAACUCGAUGAAGAAUACUUGCUAGAACUGGAGAAAGAUAUGCCAGAGGAGGAGAAACAGAAAAGAAGAAAGGAGAGCACGGGGCUGAAGGAGAAAGGAAAUGAGCACUUCAAGAAGGGAGACUAUGGAGAGGCAGAAGACUCCUACACCAAGGCUCUGCAGGUUUGCCCAGCCUGCUUCCAGAAGGACAGGGCUGUUCUGUUCUCAAACAGAGCUGCUGCAAAAAUGAAACAGGACAAGACAGAGGCUGCCCUGAGUGACUGCACCAAAGCUGUGGAAUUAGACCCUCACUAUAUCAGAGCUUUGCUGAGGAGAGCAGAACUUUAUGAAAAAACAGAAAAAUUAGAUGAAGCUCUGGAAGAUUAUAAGGCAGUCCUAGAAAAAGACCCAUCAGUUCAUCAAGCCAGAGAAGCUUGCAUGAGAUUACCACAGCAAAUUGAGGAGAGGAAUGAAAAAUUAAAGAAAGAAAUGUUGGGCAAACUGAAGGAUCUGGGCAAUCUGGUCCUGCGCCCCUUUGGCCUGUCAACAGAGAACUUCCAGAUCAAACAGGAUUCAUCAACUGGCUCCUACUCCAUCAAUUUUGUUCAAAACCCCAACAACAACAGAUAACGUGCAUUCAGUGUGGCUCUGCACGUGCCAUGCCGGGAUCCAGCAAACCAACACCCUCCACCCCCAGGGGAAGCAGAGACUCAGCAAACUCAUUUCCCAGCUUGUGAGAUUAUUUGCAAUGUGGAUGUAAAGCAACUCAUUCAACUUCUCAUAGUGAUAACUGUGUCCAGUGUGUGAUUUAUUCUUUUUUUUAUAUAUAUUUUUUUCCCCUUCCCUUGCGGUGUUUGGCUUUUCCAAGAGGCACUUCCUUGGUUUGGCCCACUCAGUGCUGGCAGCAGCAGUUCAGGGCAAUCCAAAGGCUGGAACAAAGGCUGGUGAUGUCCUGGGAAUGGGGAAAUCCAGCAGCAGCUCUGCCCCACCCUCAGCGGGGUGGGACUGGCACCCCUGGACACAGCUCUGCCCUGGAAUCAUGGAUCUUGUAAUAAAGGCUUGGUACUUCUGCU